AUGUGUGAGUGGCUUGGGCGUCCACGAUGUCGAGGAUAGCACGCCUACUCACGACCGCUCAACGCUCUCUCCCGCUCGACAGCGGGCUUUAGCUUUGGGGGUGGUGGCUCCGGCUCCAAUCCUCCCAAACCAGGAGGCUUCUCGUUCGGGAAUGCUGGCGCCUCUACACCUGCAUUCAGCUUCGGAGGUGCUGGUAACACGACCUCGCCUGCUACCACCCAGGCUCCAGCAACUUCCUUCAGCUUUGGCGGCAGUUCCAACAACAGCAACACUGGCAGCACUGGCAGCAUUUUUGGCGGUCCAUCCAAGCCAGCUCCCUCCACGCCAGCUGCGAGUACUGGAGGUGGAUUCAACUUUGGAAGUGCACCAUCAGGCUCCACCUCGGCUAAUCCUUCCACGACUCCAGCCGCCGCUCCACCGACCAACAUCUUCGGCGGCGGCGGUGCUGCUUCCAAAGCGCCGGCAACAGGAGGAAUCUUUGGAGCUGCACCAGCUGCCAACAAACCCGCAGCGUCUGCUUCAGCUGCCGGCGCCUUCUCAGGCUUUGGAGCGGCGAACGCGAACGCACCAGCAACUUCUGCGCAAGGUCAAGCGACUGGCACCACUGCGCCUUCCGCUGCGAAACCGUUCAGCUUCGGUCAGUCAACAACGCCUGGUAAUGGUGUAGGAGCUUCGCAAUCUCAAGGCGCGAACCCGGCUUCCGGUACCCCUCUUUUUGGUUCCAAGCCAACUUCAGGUGCAAGCACCCCUUCAGCUACUCCAGCUGGAGGAUUUUCGUUCGGAGGCGCAUCUGCAUCGUCCACCACAGCUCCGAAAGCAGGCACGACCACGACUUCUGGUACCCCUCUAUUUGGUUCCAAGUCAACUUCAGGCGCUAGCACCCCUUCAGCCUCCCCAGCUGGAGGGUUUUCGUUUGGAGGCGCAUCUGCAUCGUCCACCACAGCUAUGAAAGCAGGCGGCUUCUCUUUCGGUGCUAAACCCCCGUCUGCAGAGCCAGCCGCGUCCACAGGCUUUGAUCUCUUUAGCAAACAACCGGACAAACCAGCAGAGGCCAACAAACCUACCGAUGGUGCUGCACCUGAUGCUCCUAAACCUCAGAGCGCGCCUACCGCAGCUGCGCCAACUUUUUCAGGCUUUGGCGGUGCUUUCGGAAAGCCCGCAGCUUCGACAGGUGCUUCUGCUACUCCUGCUUCUUCGAGCUCCACGGCACCUUCGACAGGAAAUACACCAGCAAAUGCGCCCAAGCCUACCGGAACAUUCUCAUUUGGAGCAGCUCCUCCCGCACCAGCUUCGGCAGGCGCACCUGACAGUGGAGUGGCAACGCCCGCUGCCGCUGCACCGUCUCUAUCUCUGGGUGGCCUGUUCGGCCAAAAGCCUGCCGAAAAGACAGAUGCACCGAAAGCUUCGGAAAGUGAGAAGCCUGCUGCCCCAGCCGCCACGGCUAACCCCACUGGCGGUCUCUUUGGUGCCAAACCUGCCUCAUCUGCUGCAGAGGCUGCCCCCACAGGCAGCCUCUUUGGCGCCAAAUCGGCGCAGCCCUCAGCUUCGGCCCCAGGCACCAGUGCUGCGCCAGCGCAACCAUCUACGACAGCGCCUGCAUCGUCCACCGCUGCUUCCACGGCGUCGACGGCAGCGCCGGCCAAACCAGCAGCUCCUGCACCCCCACCUUCGCUGCUCAAGGGCAAAACCAUGGAGGAGAUCGUCAACAAGUGGACUAGCGAGCUGGAUCAGAGCACGAGAGAGUUUGCAAGACAGGCUGAAGAAGUCGGCAUGUGGGACGAGCAGCUGAGAAACAGCGGAGAGCAGGUAAGUUUCGGCGUCACGUAGGCACGCUUCGCAUAUCCAUUCACACGCCUCCAUCCUCCUUCAGAUCGGCACGCUAAUGUCGGCAUUACAGAGUGCGGAAGAUCGCCAGUCAGGCAUCAAUCAGACGCUGGACCAAGUAGAGCAGCGUCAGACGGACUUAGAGGCGCUGCUAGAGGCUUUCGAGACUCAGAUUGCGCAUUUGUCAGAGGGCCAGAGCGGUACCAUCUCUUACGGUCUUGGUGGUUCCUCCAACAUGAGGACCAUGGAAAUGGGAGCUGCGGAUGCCGAGCGCGAAAGAGCGUGAGUUCAACGCCGUCCUGCGCAUGCGUGUCUGUACAGGCGCUGAUCUCCCGUCCUCGUUCCAUAGCUACACCUUGGCAGAGUCGCUCAACUCUCAACUUGAUGAUCUAUCUCAAAAUCUCUCUUCCAUGAUCACUGAAGUGAAUGCAUUAUCGGGCCACAACACCUCGAUCGUCGCUCGUCAGUCCGACCCUUCGCCUUCUUCAUUGGGCGCGCUGAGGACCGGGGGAAGGUCGCACGCAGCCGGUACGCAAGAGACGGACCCCAUUUCUCAAAUUGUGGCCAUCCUAAACGCACACUUGAGCAGCCUCAGGUGGAUCGAUGAGAGUGCCACGGGUCUUAAGGAAAAGGUAGAGGAUCUCAGAAGGGGCAGAAUUGGAGAGUCGUCGGUCGCUGCCGGGAAUAGGUACGCUUCGCCAGCUUUUGCUGGCUCGAGAGCUGGCAGCGCUGCACCCGGAUACAGAGGGGAUUCAAGCGGACUCGGCAAUACUACUCGCCGCGGAUACGGCUACUAA